GAAAUCAGAACCCUAAACCAAAACCUGAAACGAGCACCCCACGCAGCAAUGGCCUCUAGAACGCUAUCCUUCUCCUCGCUGGCCUCCGCCUUCGCCCCCUUCCCCCCGCGCUCCAGACUCCCGCACCCUCCCCUCCGCCUCCUCGGCCUCCACCUCAGCUCCGGGCACCUCCUCCGCGCCUCCACCCUCUCCACCGCCGCCGCCCCCGAUGCGGACGCGGACGCUGACAUCGACCCCUACGAGGGCGUCGACACGGUCGAGCAUCUCCUCGCUCCAAAGCCCACCUCCCCGGGCGGCGGCCGGAUGGGCCGACUCAUGAAAAUGCAGCGCCGCGCCGACGCCGACGGACCGGUGGCGGGGCGGGGCAGGUGGUUCCCUUACCUGGACGCGUUCCGCGGAGCGGGGGGCGUGGAGGUGACCAGCCAGGAGGUGGUGGACGUGUUGGAGCCGUACAUCCUCGAGCCGCGGCGUGACCGGAUCCGCCGCGCCGUCCAGAGCAGGAGCUACUCCGUCUGCCUGGUCGUGGAGGGCCUCACCGACUUUGGCAACGUCUCCGCGGCGUUCCGCUCCGCCGACGCGCUCGGCGUGCAGUCCGUGCACGUCAUCUCAUGCGAGGACAACAAAAGGUAUAGAGACAACAGGCACGUGAGUAUGGGUGCUGAGAAAUGGCUUGACAUCGAGCUAUGGAGCUCACCUGCAGAAUGUUUUGAUGCUUUGAAAAAGCGUGGUUAUCGCAUUGCAUGUACUAGUUUGGGAAGUGAUUCGGUUUCUGUGUAUGACAUGGAUUGGUCUCAUCCAACGGCCAUCGUUGUGGGCAAUGAGACUAUGGGUAUUAGCGACGUCGCUCUGAAGUUGUCGGACAUGCACUGUAGUGUUCCAAUGAAAGGCAUGGUGGAUUCUUUUAAUGUAUCUGUUGCAGCUGGAAUCCUUAUGCACCAUGCUGUUUAUGAUAGAGUUUCCCGCCUUUUUCAAUUACAGGGUCAGAAUGGUGAUCUCACGCCUGAAGAAAAUAGAAUAUUGCUGGCAGAGUUCUAUCUGCGCCAUCGAGAGAGCACAUCUACCGUCAUUCAUGAAUAUGCCAAAAGGAAGGCAACUAAUUUGGUGGCCAAACUUUGAGAUCACAGUGACUGCUGAAGAAACAUGUGCAAGCUAGUUUGUUAAGCAGUGAUUUGUUUGGCAGUUGGCUAGUUCAGUAUUAUGAUCAACUUUAGACUAACUGGUUAUUUCUGAAAAAGGAACGAUCAUACUGCUCGGCAAUCAGGGUGCUGCAAUAUGCUGAUUCCAAACAGAAUCCAGGGACAGGAUUUGGUGUCUUUGGUGCUACAACCUACUGCACAAACCUAAAGCACUACGAUGUACUCUAUGUGAUUUGGCUUGCCAAUUUCUUUUGAGUCACAUGCAGUGCCGGAGCCAGGAUCAUAUAUGAGGGGGCCCAAAUGGCUCAAACUUUUGAUAACAGGGGCCAAAUCACACUAAUACAUGUUUUUGCCUUUGAGAGAUUGAAACAUUAAAUAAGCAUAUACUCCCUCCAUAAUUUAAUAUAAGACAUCUUUUGACA